AUGGCCUCGACAAUCACCACCGACAGCACACUGACUGACGCCCUUCGCGACCUGAUCUGGGCGAACCACAUUUUGGACCACCAUGGAGUGGUCGAUGCGUAUGGGCACAUCUCGAUCCGUCACCCACAUGAACCCUCGCAGUACAUCAUGUGUGGCUACAUGGCGCCGGCACUGGUCGCCUCGCCCUCGGACUUGAUCUACUACCACGUCGCCGACUCCAGCACGGUCGACCCGGACGCGAAGAAGGGAUACUCGGAGCGCUUCAUCCACGGUGAGAUCUACAAGCGAUACGCCGGCGUCAACUGCGUCAUCCACUCGCAUGCCGAGGAAGUCCUGCCCUACGUCGUGAGCAUGGGCGCUAAGCUCAAGGCCGUCUACCACAUGGCGGGCUUCUUGGGCAGCAAGGGCGUCCGGGUUUUCGACAUCGACCCGCUCUACCGGGACGGGGAGCAGCGGGACAUGCUGGUGAACAACUCGCGCUUCGGCGCCGCGUUGGCCGAUAAAUUCGUGUCCGACCCUGGCCAACGAGCGCCCGAGGAGACAGUGGUCCUGAUGCGCCGCCACGGCUUCACCUGCGUGGCCGACAACAUCGUCACUGCCGUCUACCGGGCCAUCUACACGCGCAUCAACGCCGAGGCGCAGACCAAAGCCAUGGCCAUCGCCAACAACGUGCCAGGACGCGAAGAACUCCACGACGAGGGCAUGGGAGUCGGGUUCCAGGCGCUCACGGAUGAGCAGGGCCGGGGGUGCGCCGCCAUGAACGAAGCGUUUCAGGACAAGCCUUGGAAGCUGUGGGUCAGGACGGUCGAGAGCCAUCCGUUGUACCGGAACGAGUUGAGUAAGACGUCCACGCUCUCAUGA